AUGGUUGAAAAGAAACGCAACGCGUACAACAUCCUCAUUGUGGCCUUUGUGGCUCUGGGAUCGUUUGCCUUUGGAUACUCGAAUACCAUUAUUGGUACGACCCUUGCGCAACCUUCAUUCAUAUCGUACUUUGGUCUCGAUAAGAGUUCCAACAGGAAUGAAAUUGCCGGUGCAACAAACGGUAUCUAUACCGGUGGAGGCUUGUUGGGUGCCCUGUUUGCGUCUUGGUCAGCCGAGCAGUUGGGCCGCAAAAAAUCAAUCUUCAUCGGUGCCGUCCUCGCUACUGUAGGAGGCGCUCUGCAGGCUGGAUGUCCUCAGCAUAUCGCUGCCUUUCUCAUCUUCCGAUUCAUCAAUGGACUCGGAGUUGGCAUGCUGCUACCUCUUGUUCCUCUGUACCAGAGUGAAGUUUCCCCUCCUCAUUCUCGUGGUAUGAUGGUUGGGUUCCAUGGUAUUUGUGUCACCAUCGGCUAUGCUACAGCGAGUUGGGCCGGCUUCGGGUUUUAUUUCGUCGACGCCAGUGGUGCGCAGUGGCGUCUCCCUUUGGCCAUCCAAGCCAUUCCUGCCUUGUUCUGCGCAGUCGGUAUACUCUGGAUGCCGGAAUCCCCUCGAUGGUUGAUUUCUCGAGAACGAGCCGAAGAAGCCUUGAAAAUUGUGCAAAGGCUACAUCGAGACGAAAGUGACCCGGACGAUGUCUUUGCGUUCCGAGAGUACCAGCAAAUCAAGCAACAAUACGAAAUUGACAAGCACAAUGAGGUGUCUUGGAAAGAGAUGUUUGUCAGAGCGUCAUACAGAAAACGAAUGAUCAUAGGCGCUAUUGUGAUGUUCGGAUCACAAACCACAGGUACCACUGUUAUUGCAAACUACGGCCCAGAACUCUACAGUGCCCUCGGCUUCGGUACCACUAUGCAACUGCUCUUUUCUGGAUGCUAUGCCACUCUCGCUCUGAGUGGCAACUUCUUCAACGCCUUUACCAUCGACAAGAUUGGCCGUGUCAAUGCACUCAAGAUCGGAUGGAUCGGAGACGCGUUGGCGCUGAUUGGCGAAUGUGCCGCUCUCAGCACCUUUGAGAGGACUGGAUCACAUGCUGCAGCUGUUGCUAGUGUGUUUUUCCUGUUUUUGCACAUUGCUCUGUUUGCGUUCAACAUUGACGUUACCACCUAUGUCUACACAUCUGAAAUCUUCCCAAACCACAUCCGAGCGAAGGGAAUGUCGGCUUCGAUCGUGGCAUACUGGAGUUCCCUCCUCAUUUACCUCGAAGUGGCACCUACUGCGUUUGCGGAUAUCGGAUGGAAGUUUUACCUCGUAUUCUUGAGUCUGUUGGUGUGCUUCAUCAUACCUCUUUUCUUUUACUUUCCGGAAAGUAAAGGAUUGUCAUUGGAAGAAAUCGCUCGCCUCUUCAACGAUGAGACCACGGAUGUUAGAUUGGAUGCUCCAGAAUCAAGUCAGGAGAAGGUGGAGAUCAACAAGGAGAAGGAGCUGGUUAGUCAGACUGAGCACCUCCCACCAAAGGAAUAA